GAAGAACGGGAAAAAAAGAUUUGAUUGAUUGUUGUGUUUUGAGUUUGUUGUUUUGAAUACUGUAAAAUUUCUCUCUCACCCUUAGUUUAUUCUCUUCCUGUCUCAGUGUGGGUGCCUCUUUUAAUUGAUUCUAUCGAGGGUUUUGCAUCUGUUGUUCUUUGUUUGUAUUCUUCUUCAUCUUCUAAAUUAAAGUCCUUUUUUUCUCUUCUUCGUACUUUGACUCCAUUACCAAUUGGAUCUGAUUCUCUCUUCUUACUACCUCUCUUUCUUCAGUACUCGAUCACAAACUAGCUUCUGCCUUCUCUCUCAUAAAUCUGUGAAAGGUUGAGCCCCAGUACCUCAUAAAGAACAAUCCAUAGUUUGUACAUCUAAUCUUUUGUUUCUUGUUUAGCUCUGGUUUGACUUUCUGAUCUCAAGUCCUUAACUUCUAAAGAGCUAAAAAUAUAAACGAGAAAUCCUUAAAUUUGAUUUAAUUCUUUGCUUAAUCUUCUUCUCUUAUUUGCUAUUUUACCACAAUUCAACAAAACUGGCUAACCCUUGGUGGACCAAUCAAGUCAGCAUGCCGGGCAUGGACCCGGCUGCCAGUUCACCGAUUCUAAACAAACGUGACCUUGAAAUCUCUGUAAACGAAACCAGAGGCAAUGAAGAUGAAGAAGACAGAGACACUGGUGAUGAACCCAGAGAGGGAGCAGUUGAAAUUGGCAACCGCAGACCCCGAGGCAGACCUGCCGGAUCCAAAAACAAACCUAAACCACCAAUUUUCGUAACCAGGGACAGCCCUAAUUCUCUCCGUAGCCAUGUCAUGGAGGUGGCUGGUGGAGCUGAUGUGGUAGAAAGUGUAGCCCAAUUCGCAAGGAGGCGACAGCGUGGCGUUUGCGUGCUUAGUGGCAGUGGCUCCGUGGCCAACGUGACAUUACGGCAACCAUCAGCACCCGGUGCCCUGAUGGCACUACCAGGUAGGUUUGAGAUUUUAUCGUUGACUGGGGCUUUUUUGCCAGGACCAGCUCCUGCAGGCUCAAAUGGGUUAACGGUGUACUUAGCCGGCGGACAGGGUCAGGUGGUGGGAGGGAGUGUGGUGGGCCAACUUGUGGCAGCUGGCCCUGUGAUAGUUAUAGCCGCCACGUUUGCAAAUGCCACGUACGAGAGAUUGCCUCUAGAAGAUGAUGAAGAGACUGCUGGUCAAGGACAGAUCCAAGGGCCCGCUGAUAAUUCGCCUCCGCAAAUUGAAAGCAGUGGUCACCACCCUCACACUGCUCUUCCUGAUCCUUCACAAAUCUCUAUUUAUAAUCUGCCACCAAAUGGCGGUCAGCUACAAGAGGCUUAUAGUUGGGCUCACACGCGCCCGUCUUUCUAGCUAGAACUACAACUUCUAUUUAUAAAUUGAAGGUAGGAAGACUUUAACUUUGUGAAUCUUUUAUUAUUAUCAUUAUUGUAUAUAUUAUUUUUCUGCUUUUUAAAGAUAGUUCUUGAAAGAGGAUAGAAAGAAAGAAGGAAUAAGAAGAAGCGGGGGCGGAGCCAUUGUUUUGAAUGUAUAUUUAUAGCUUUUCUUUGUUUUCGUUUCUGUUUCCAAUAAAAAGAUUAUCGGACCAGAUUUUUUCUUUUGAAUUA